GACUACACCAUUGGGUGGGUCACCACGACUGAUGAGGAGUACCGUGCAGCAAGCUGGAUGGUCGACCAGGUACAUCUGCCCAAUAGCCCAUUCCGCCAACUGAACAAGAGACGAAAAUUCAACUACCAACUCAGCCGGGUGGGCAACCAUUUCGUCGCGAUAUCGGUUCCUAUACUUGGAUACAUCCUCAACGCGGCAGACGUUAUUGAUGACAUGAGGGAGACGUUCCCUCAGAUUCGCUUUGUCCUCCUCGUGGGAACCGCUAGCGGGGUCCCGUCUCUCGGAAACGAUGAGCGCCCUGAUGAACAGUGUACCGUUCCCGAUGUGCGACUAGGUGAUGUGAUUGUGGGGACUAGGACAGUUGUUCCUUGCAGUGGGGAAGCUGUUGAGCCUCCAGAAACUGAGCUGGAAGGAGGAAACACCCGAGCCAUUUUCACUACGAUCACCGAGUUCAGACGUAGGCUUUCAAGUGGCGUGGAUACAGAGCCAUCUGUGACCGCCAUGGUCAAACAAAAGUGUUCGCGGGACCGUCGUUUCAGCCGUCCCCAUCUACCGUCGGAUCGUCUUUACCGGGCCGAAUAUCCACAUAUCUCGGACCGGUGUGAAUGCCUGAUUCCGACUGCCCGCCAAGACUCAGUGACAGUAUCGCGAGCCCAGCGUCCUCCAAACCGGCAGUUGGAGGUUCACUAUGGAUCCGUCUGUGCCGUCAAGCAUUGCAUCAGGGACGCUUUGAGACGCGAGGAACUUGCCCUCGAAAACGAUGUGCUGUGUUUCAUCCCCGGUAUCGACGAUAUGACGGACGAGAUCGAUUGCCUGCCGAUCCUCGGAAUUAGCGAUUAUGCUGACUCGCAUCAGUACAGUCGUGCAUGGAUGGAAUACGCCGCUUUGACUGCCGCAGUGUGUGCGAAGGAGUUUCUC